AUGGACAAAACCAGUCUCCAGGAGCUGCAGGCUGCAGCAGCAGCUUCUCAUCUACGUCCUUCACUGUAUGAUACUGUUGUUGACUUUGAAACUUUUGACUCUUUCGGGCUCAAACUUCCAGAUUUUCAGGAUUCCAUUUUUGAGUAUUUCAACACUGCACCCCUUGCACAUGACCUGACAUUUAGAACCAGCUCAGCUAGUGAGCAAGAAACACAAGCUCCGAAGCCAGAAGCGUCCCCGUCGCUGUCUGUGGCUGCAUCAGAGCAACAGGAGGACAUGGCUCGGCCCCCGCAGAGGCCAUCCGCUGUGCCGUUGCCCACCACGCAGGCCCUGGCUCUGGCUGGACCGAAGCCGAAAGCUCACCAGUUCAGCAUCAAGUCCUUCUCCAGCCCUACUCAGUGCAGCCACUGCACCUCCCUGAUGGUUGGGCUGAUCCGGCAGGGCUACGCCUGCGAGGUGUGUUCCUUUGCUUGCCACGUGUCCUGCAAAGACAGCGCCCCCCAGGUGUGCCCAAUACCUCCCGAGCAGUCCAAGAGGCCUCUGGGCGUGGAUGUGCAGCGAGGCAUCGGAACAGCCUACAAAGGCCAUGUCAAGGUCCCAAAGCCCACGGGGGUGAAGAAGGGAUGGCAGCGUGCAUAUGCAGUCGUCUGUGACUGCAAGCUCUUCCUGUAUGAUCUGCCUGAAGGAAAAUCCACCCAGCCGGGUGUCAUUGCGAGCCAAGUCUUGGAUCUCAGAGAUGACGAGUUUUCCGUGAGCUCAGUCCUGGCCUCCGAUGUAAUUCAUGCUACACGCCGAGAUAUUCCAUGUAUAUUCAGGGUGACGGCCUCUCUCUUAGGUGCACCUUCUAAGACCAGCUCGCUGCUCAUUCUGACAGAAAAUGAGAAUGAAAAGAGGAAGUGGGUUGGGAUUCUAGAAGGACUCCAGUCCAUCCUUCAUAAAAACCGGCUGAGGAAUCAGGUCGUGCAUGUUCCCUUGGAAGCCUACGACAGCUCGCUGCCUCUCAUCAAGGCUGUCCUAACAGCUGCCAUCGUGGAUGCAGACAGGAUUGCGGUCGGCCUAGAAGAAGGGCUCUAUGUCAUAGAGGUCACCCGAGAUGUGAUCGUCCGUGCCGCUGACUGUAAGAAGGUGCACCAGAUCGAGCUUGCUCCCAGAGAGAAGAUCGUCAUCCUCCUCUGUGGCCGGAACCACCACGUGCACCUCUAUCCGUGGUCGUCCCUCGAUGGAGCGGAAGGCAGUUUUGACAUCAAGCUUCCAGAAACCAAAGGCUGCCAGCUCAUGGCCACGGCCGCACUCAAGAGGAACUCUGGCACCUGCCUGUUUGUGGCCGUGAAACGGCUGAUCCUUUGCUAUGAGAUCCAGAGAACGAAGCCAUUCCACAGAAAGUUCAAUGAGCUUGUGGCUCCCGGCAGCGUGCAGUGCCUGGCGGUGCUCAGGGACAGGCUGUGUGUGGGCUACCCUUCUGGGUUCUGCCUGCUGAGCAUCCAGGGGGACGGGCAGCCUCUAAACCUGGUAAAUCCCAAUGACCCCUCGCUUGCGUUCCUCUCACAACAGUCUUUUGAUGCCCUUUGUGCUGUGGAGCUCGAAAGCGAGGAGUACCUGCUUUGCUUCAGCCACAUGGGACUGUACGUGGACCCGCAAGGCCGGAGGGCACGCGCGCAGGAGCUCAUGUGGCCUGCGGCUCCUGUCGCCUGUAGUUGCAGCCCCACCCACGUCACGGUGUACAGCGAGUAUGGCGUGGACGUCUUUGAUGUGCGCACCAUGGAGUGGGUGCAGACCAUCGGCCUGCGCAGGAUAAGACCCCUGAACUCUGAAGGCACCCUCAACCUCCUCAACUGUGAGCCUCCACGCUUGAUCUACUUCAAGAGCAAGUUCUCGGGAGCGGUUCUCAACGUGCCGGACACCUCCGACAACAGCAAGAAGCAGAUGCUGCGCACCAGGAGCAAAAGGCGGUUCGUCUUCAAGGUCCCUGAGGAAGAGAGACUGCAGCAGAGGCGAGAGAUGCUUAGAGACCCAGAAUUGAGAUCCAAAAUGAUAUCCAACCCAACCAACUUCAACCACGUGGCUCACAUGGGCCCAGGCGACGGCAUGCAGGUGCUCAUGGACCUGCCUCUGAGCGCUGUGCCCCCCUCCCAGGAGGAAAGGCCAGGCCCUGCUCCCACCAGCCUGGCUCGCCAGCCUCCAUCCAGGAACAAGCCCUACAUCUCGUGGCCCUCAUCAGGUGGAUCGGAGCCUGGCGUGACCGUGCCUCUGAGAAGUAUGUCCGAUCCAGACCAGGACUUUGACAAAGAGCCUGAUUCGGACUCCACCAAACACUCAACUCCAUCGAAUAGCUCCAACCCCAGCGGCCCACCGAGCCCCAACUCCCCCCACAGGAGCCAGCUCCCCCUUGAAGGCCUGGAGCAGCCGGCCUGUGACACCUGAAGCCGCCGGCUCGCCGCAGGGGCCCGGGAGCUGGGGAUGGCCUCCAGCAUCAGUGCCAAGACUGAGCGGGCCUCCAGUGUUGUCCAAGGAAAUGUAGAAUCACUUUGUAGAUAUGGAGAUGAAGAAGACAAAUCUUUAUUGUAAUAUUGAUCAGUUUUAUGCCGCAUUGUUCGUGGCAGUAGACCACAUCUGUUCGUCUGCACAGCUGAGGCGACACUGUUCCGUCUGCACAUGAAGGACCCCCAUACAGCCUCUCUCCCACCCCUGACAACCCGAGAAGGCGUGUGGGGCCCUGCCUACGCCACUUCCUCAGCAGAAACCCGUCAUGACGCGGCUGCUUCGGAAGCAGACAUGUGGGGACACAGCCUCAGUACCCAGUCUUUUCCCUAGUUCCUCAAACUUCCCUAGGACCUUAGGAGAAUAGUAGGAGGUCAUAUAGCAUUCCCAGUGUCACUAGAAUUUUGAAGACAGAGGAAAGUGGAGGUUAGUUUGUGGCCUUUUUUUCAUUUAGCCAUUGCAGUCAGCUGCAGAAGUCCUGCUGACCACCUAGUCAUGGACAGAGGCCCAGGACCAGUGACACCCUGCGUCCCUGAGUGUGCUAAGUUCAUUCUGGGUCGCAGCCAUCAAGUGUCACCAGUAUCUCCUACUGUGAAGUCAGCUGUGCUCUCUGCUUUCCACUCGCUUCCACGGCUUCCGCCCCCUGCCAUAAAACCAGCGAGUGUCGUGGUGCAGGCAGGCCCUGUGGCCUGCUGGGCUGAGAGGAGUCAGAGCCCCAGGGUGCCAUGAAGCAGCCACUGGAAAACCCCCCGUCGCCCCCCCCCCCCCCGGCCCUCCCCCUGCAUGGAGCCCCCGUGGUUAGUAGCCCGUGUGAUCACGUAGACCCACCAAACACACCCCUGCACACUGGCCCCGGCCCGCGGCACAGCAGUGCCCUGCGCGGGGAUGUCACCUCACCCUUCUUUGUACCAGAUGUUGAGUGACCAGCUCUGUGGCCCUGUGUCGUCAGAGGCUUGUGAUUAACUGUGGCGGCAGACACAGCUUGUCCACAGCUUGGGCCAGGCUUCCCCUGUUCUCCCACCGGUCGGCUGCUUGGCAAGGCUGUUCAGGACGUGCACUUCCCCAAGUCAGCACUGAGUGGCCCAGCACCGCCUAGCCCUGCCACCCCACUGCCCUCCUGGGCCUUCUGCUGGAUGGGCACCUGGGGGGUUCUGGUUUUUACUUUUUUAAUGUAAGUCUGAGUCUUUGUAAUUAUUGAAUCGUGAGAACAUUUUUGAACAAUUUACCUGUCAAUAAAGCAGAAGACGGCAGUUUUAAAGUU